AUGCCCUUGUCUCAGGGUGCGCAGUCCGAUGCAAAUUUUGGCGCUACAAUCACUGGUAUUGAUUUAAACAACUUGAGUGAUCAAGACUUUGAAGUCGUCCGCAAUGCCAUCUACACUCAUAAGGUAGUGGUAGUCAAAGGACAAGCUGGCCUAAUUCCCCUGAAGCAAUUCGAAUUUGUGCACCGUCUGGAUCCCGAUGCAGAGGGUGUGCAUGGCUUCGACACCAAGGAUGUAACCGAUGAGACCAUUGGAGUACUUGGUUCGAGGUUCAACACAAUCCCGGGUUCCGUGGGUGUCACCAUAGUUGGCCAAGGAUAUCAAGGAGAUGACCAUUAUGGAUUGAAAGGAAUCACCGCCCGCUCAACAACACACUUCGAUGCUCACGUAGAUCCCCUUACCACAGAGGAUCUCGAGAACAGGCAAACACGGUUUGGUGCCUUCCAUUUUGAUGGUGUGAUAUAUGGAUCCAACCCUUCACGAGUCACCACGCUUCACUGCGUCAGGGCCCCCAAAGGCCCCGAUCUGACCAUUCGGUGGGAUGACGGUUCUGGCCAGACAAUGACAGCAAAGCCCGGAUUGACUGCAUUCAUUGAUAGUGCGCAGAUUUAUGAAAUGCUGACAGACGAGGAGAAAAUCACUGCUGACAAUAGCCAUUGGGCACCGGCUCCUCAGCCUUACGUCUGGUCGGGGACUCGUAAAAUCCGGAAUAGUGGGCUGGGUAUGGCUCCUGGCGGGGAAACUGUGCCCCUGGAUAAACUACCGGCCUGGGUACCGGAAAAGGUUUUCAAGUUCCCAAUGGUCUGGGUGAAUCCAGUCACUGGUGCCCGGUCUUUCCAAAUCCUGCCUGAUGUUGUUCAAAAACUGUACUUUAAAUCUGGGCCGGACGCCGAAGAACGUGUCGUCGAAGACAACGACGAAGUUCGAGUCUGGCUGAACAAUAUCCUCGAUCGAAUCUGCAAGCCGAAGAAUAUCUUGAUUCCCGAUUAUGGGGAAGGAGAUGUUGUGAUGUUCAACAACUGGGAAGUAUUGCAUAGCUCAAUUGAUUACCCGGCCUCCUAUGGAGUCCGCACAAUGCACCAAUGCCAUAUCCCCUCCUCGACGUUCCCAGUCGGUCCAGUUGCUGUCUAA